AUGUUAGUGGAGAACUCAGGCGCUGGACCCGGCAAGCGCGCGGCAGAGGCCCAGGAUAGCGGCGCCGGCGGCAAGCGGCGGCGCGGAGAUUGCCCAGAGAGCCCCUUUGACGAGCUGCUGGGCCAAGCGGGAUGUACGUUGUCAUCUGGCCGGGACGGGUGCGAGUACGAAGUGGAGGACCCACGCAAGCUGAGGCGGCUGCUGGAGCAGAAGCUCACCCUGAAUGGAGAGCUGCGGGCCAGCUUCCUGGCGGGGCUGCAAGAGCAGCUGGCCGAGGUGCCGGUGCUGCACGCGGCGCUCAAGCCGAUGCAAGUGACAGGGAAUGCGCCCAUCACCGGCGACAGCUUUGUGCGGGUGCUGCUCAAUGUGGCGCCGCUACAGGCUAACGUGUCGCAGAUGCUGCUGGAGCGCCUGCCUGAGUUUUGCGACGCGCAGGGCGAGGAGGCGCCACUGCCGCAGCUCAUCCUGGGGCAGUUUAGAUGGCUGGACCACGUGGCCGACCCGCGGGCGCUGACAGACAAGCUGCUGGAGGUGCUGCCGGUGUGCCCUGAGGAGCUGAAGAAGGAUGCCAUCACCUUUUUGCCAGAGGUGGCCACCGAGGACGACCACGAGGCGGUGAUCCGUGCACUGGAGGAGAUGAUGGGCGAGGAGGCCUUCAUCCUGCCCUCCAUAGAAGCCCUGGCCAACCUGUGCCUCACCCCGGAGCAGCAGUCGCGGGUGGUGGGCAUGGUGCUGGAGCGCUUCUGCACAGCCGCUGCCGAGGACCUGCCCGCGGUGGCGCGCUUCCUGCUGCAGUACGGCACCCCCGCCGACGGCGAGCUGAAGAAGGUGGUGGGCACGCUGCGCUCCCUGCACUUUGUGUCGCCCUGCGACCCCCGCCUGGCGGUGCCCGACCGCAAGCAGAAGGGGCGGGUGCUGGGCGGCGGCGACAGCCCUGACUACCGCCUGCUGGAGGCGGUGAAGCAGGCCAUGCAGCUCAACCCGGCGGCGGCGGAUGCGGUGGUGAGGGAGAUCAGGGGGACCACAGAGCCCGAUGCACAUCGCAUCCUGGACCUCUGGCUGCUGCUGGUGAUGCUGACGCUGGGGGCAGACCGCCGCAAAUCGGCCGAGGCCAUCCUGCGGCGCAAGUUUGCCGACGGGCAUGCAGAUGCAGCAUGGCUGAGAAGGGCCAUCACUGGGCACGAGCGCGUCAUGCUGGAGUUCUUCCCCCAGCUGCUGUCGCUGGCGCAGCAGCUGCUGCGCAACACGUCAGUGCCGGUGCAGGGGACGGGCGUGGAGCUGUUCUGCUGCCUGUUCCAGCACUUUACAGAGUCCUACAACCAGCAGGAGGUGCUGCGUGCGCUGCACAGCCACCUCGGGGCGCAGGUGCCGGCAGAGACCACCGCAGCGCUGCAGGUGCUGCUCCAACUGUCGGACAACCACACAGACACGCUGGGGCGCUAUGCCGCCUUCCUCACAAACAUUUUGGACUACAUCGACAGCUACUCCGACCACCAAGUGCAGCAGGUGUUUGCUGUGUUUGGCCUGCUGGUGGCGGGCGCGUGUCGCCAGGCAGACGGCAGUGGCACCAGCAACGAUGCUGGGGGCAGGUCCCGCAUGGAGGACGAGCUGAUGAUCUUUGUCCGCAAGCAGCUCAGCAGCGCGCAAGGCCAGCACCGCCGCAUCGGCAUCAUCGGCACGGUGGCGCUGGUGCAGCGCCUGGGGGCCGCCGUCGGCGUCGUGCCUGAGCCGGAGUCGGCGAUCGGGAAGCGGUACCGCGAGGCCAUGCACGCGCUCCAGGACACUUUCCACAGCUGCCGCCACAGCCCCGAGGCUUUCGCCUUCCUGUGCGACGAGCUGACGCGCGGCAUCCAGCGCAAGGCCAUCGGCGCGCGGCUGAUCGGGGAUGUGCACAAGAUGCUGGCCUCCUACCUGGAAGACACCUUCUUCUGCUUCCUGAAGGAGGGCGUGCAGCUGGAGGUGGCGGAUGCGGCCGUGCACGUGGGCGGGCAGCGCCUGGAGGCGGAGCUGUGGUGGAACUUGGAUGGCGACACAACACCGGUGGCCCUGCGCCUGCUGCCCCUGCUGGCAGAAGAGCUGGCUCUGGACAGCAACAGUGCGCCGCUGCUGUCGCUGUUCAGCACGCUGCGGCUGAUGGCGGCUCUGGAGCUGGCGCUGCACCAGAAUCUGGACGCGGUGGCGGCGCUGCUUGGCUGCCCCCUCAACCUGUUCGACCCGGCCCUGGCCAGCCCGCAGCAGUUCAAAAGCCUGCCCACGGAGCAGCGGCGCGGCGUGCUGCUGGGCCUGUGGUAUGCGCUCAACUGGUGCCGCGAGCUUGCCAACUGCUUUGCGGGCCAGCUGGCGCCCAAUGGGCAAGGCGAGGACUCCGUGCAGCUGAAGCUGUUUGGGCGGCUGAGGUGCUGCUGCCAGCUGGAAGCUGUACUGGAUGUGCUGCUCCAGCAUGCGCCGCCGCUGUUCACGCUGCCCCCCUUGGCAAACACGCUGGACAGCAGCCCCGCCAACUUGGCGGCGGCGGCGGCAGCAGCGGCCCCCAAGAAGGCGGGGGCCAAGGGCGGCGGCAAAGGCGGCAAGGGCGGCAAGAAGAAGGCAGUCAAAUUUGAAGACGACGGCGACAAGCAGUCCUCGGGCAGCCCCGGUGCAGGCGCCGCCUCCCGCCACACCACCAGCGGCGGCGGCGGCAGCACGGUGCAGGCCACCAGCGGCGGCUCCAUGCAGGCGCCCGGCCCCGCCGCCACACAGGGCAUCACCGAGGCGGCGGCAGGCGGCCUUGGCCGGCUGGCAGCAGAGCGCUGGAAGCAGCGGUCGCUGCUGCUGCCCGCGCUGGCAGUGCUGGGGGUUGGGGCGGCACCGGGGCAGGAGCACCCCUGCUACGCCAUGCUGCCCUCGGCCGCCUACCUGCUGGCUGAUGUGCACAGCAAGCUGAAAGCCACGCUGGCGGCCGCCAGGCGCUCCAGCUUCCCCGGCAGGGCCCCCAAGCAGCAGCAGCUGGCGGCCGACGUCGGGGAGCUGAGCACGGAGCAGCUGCUGGGCGCGCUGGCGCCGGUGCUGCCAGCUGUGCGGCGCCACCUGGACGCCGCCUGCAACAUCAUUGACCAGGAGCUGGGGGAGGCGGCGCUGCAGGAGCAGGACAGGGCCAACUUCUGGGAGCUGGUGGCCGCUGGAGGGCCCACCCAGCCGUCGGCGGGCGGCGGCGGCGGCGGCAGCCUGGGGGAGGCGGCGGCGGCGUGCAUGGCGGCGCUGGACCAGCCCUGCGCCGCCGCCGCGCUGUCGCCCGUGGCCGCCGCCUCCAGGCACGCGCGGACGCUGCCGCCGCUGGGCCGGCACGCCUGCAGCAUGACUGCCGGGCCACGCUGCCACCCUGCUGACGAGGUGCGCACCCUGGCGCUGGACUGCGCUCGCCAGCUGCUGCAGUGGCCGGGCCUGGCAGAGCCAGCCAACCGCCCCGUGCUGCGCGCCUUCCUGGCGGCGUUCCAAACGGAUGCGGCGGCGGCGGCGGCAGGCCAGGAAGCUGAGCAGGGCCCCCCCUCGGACGCCGACCUUGCCAAGAUGGUCAGGAGCUGCUUCCUGUACUUCAUCGCGCCGCUGCCGGAGCUGGAGUCUGACCAGCCCACCUGCGAGAGCCCCUCCCACCAGCACGCCUGCCUGCUGAUGGUGGAUGCGCUGCUGGGGCUGAUGCCCAAAGUGGACCCAGAGCCCACCGAGAGAUCGCUCAAGAUCAGGCGGCAGAUGAGCAAGCGCAUCAGCUGUGCGGCUGAGGCGGUGCUGAAGCAAGUGGUGGUGGACAGCAGCGGCAAGGAUCUUGGCGGCGCGGUGUGGAAGGGGCGGGGCCCGCUGCUGGCGGAUGUGCUGCGCCUGUACCUGAGCCACUACGGCACGCGGCGCGGGGACGGCGGCGGCAGCCCUGUGGAUGCGGUGCUGGACUUGGCCUGCAACCGCCUGCCCCGAGUGGCUGACAGCACCAAGGCCAAGGAGGCCAGCGAGGCGGUGGACCCCUUCCCCUCCCUCAGCGGCAACACGGUAUCCAUCUGGUACCGGGUGUGCCUGGAGCAGCUGCAGGUGGGCUGGGAGGGCGUGGCGGCGGCGGCGGCGGGCGCGGAGAAGCACGGGGCCGCAAUGAAAGACGAGGAGGCGCUGGAGACGAUACUGGGUGGCAUGCAGGCAAGCAGGGCGGGGGGUUCGUGUGCCAGCGCCUUCUGCGCGCUGAUGAGCGUGGUGAAGCGCCAGACGCAGCGCGUGGCGAUCCACGUGCAAGCGGUCAAGUCUGGCGGCAAGUUCCUGCUCACCUUCUUCAAGACCCUGCCCUUCUGGUCCCAGCUGUUCCCAGAGCGCCAGGAGGCGUUCCAGGAGAUGGUGAAGUACAUCCAGAGGGGCACGCGCACGCUGCAGUACCUGUGCAGCGAGGGAAAGUUCCGCAAGGAGAUGCCGCUGACCGCCAGGGUGCCUGCUGUGAAGCGCACGGUGGAGAGAUUUAUGUUCCUAAUUAAGGCCUUCCUCACCGAGGCCAACGCGGGCGGCGCCUUCUGGAUGGGUUCGCUGAAGCAUCGGGACCUUACGGGCCGCGAGGUGCCGUCACAGAUGUAUACUGAGGAGGAUGCGGAGGAGGAUGAGGGGGAGGAGGAGGCAGGGGAGUCUGACUAUGAGGAUGAGGAGAUGGGGGACACGGCGGGGGACGACAGCUGA